AGAUCUCGGGUGUUCGCGGGUGGUUCCCGUGCUCGGGCCCGCGUGGAGUAGGUCGCGGGGCUUCGGCGCCCGACUGCUUGGAGCGUCCGCCAUGAGGAGAAGUGAGGUGCUGGCGGAGGAGUCCAUAGUAUGUCUCCAGAAAGCCCUAAAUCAUCUUCGAGAAAUAUGGGAAUUAAUUGGGAUUCCAGAAGACCAGCGGUUACAAAGAACGGAGGUUGUAAAGAAGCAUAUCAAGGAACUCCUGGAUAUGAUGAUUGCUGAAGAGGAAAGCCUGAAGGAGAGGCUCAUCAAAAGCAUAUCCAUCUGUCAAAAAGAGCUGAACACCCUGUGCAGCGAGUUACAUGUUGAGCCAUUUCAGGAAGAAGGAGAGACAACUAUCUUGCAACUAGAAAAAGAUUUGCGCACUCAGGUGGAAUUGAUGAGAAAACAGAAGAAGGAGAGAAAACAGGAACUGAAGCUACUUCAAGAACAAGAUCAAGAACUGUGUGAAAUUCUUUGCAUGCCCCAUUAUGACAUUGACAGCGCCUCAGUUCCCAGCUUAGAAGAGCUGAACCAGUUCAGACAACACGUGGCAACUUUGAGGGAAACAAAGGCAUCUAGGCGUGAGGAGUUUGUCAACAUAAAGAGACAAAUCAUACUGUGUAUGGAAGAAUUAGAUCACACCCCAGACACAAGUUUUGAAAAAGAUGUGGUGUGUGAAGAUGAAGAUGCUUUUUGUUUAUCUUUGGAGAAUAUUGCAACACUACAAAAGUUGCUACGGCAGCUGGAAAUGCAAAAAUCACAAAAUGAAGCAGUGUGUGAGGGGCUGCGUGCUCAAAUUCGAGAGCUGUGGGACAGGUUGCAAAUACCUGCAAAAGAGAGAGAAGCUGUGGCCACGGUUAUGACUGGGUCAAAGGCCAAGGUCAAAAACGCGCUGCAGUUAGAAGUGGAUCGGUUGGAAGAACUGAAAAUGCAAAAUAUGAAGAAAGUGAUUGAAGCAAUUCGAAUCGAGCUGACUCAGUACUGGGACCAGUGUUUUUACAGCCAGGAGCAGAGACAAGCAUUUGCUCCUUACUAUUCUGAGGACUAUACAGAAGAUCUGCUCCAGCUCCAUGAUGCCGAGAUUGUGCAGUUAAGAAAAUACUAUGACGUUCACAAGGAACUCUUUGAAGGUGUCCAGAAGUGGGAAGAUAGCUGGCGGCUUUUCUUAGAGUUUGAGAGAAAAGCUUCGGAUCCAAGUCGAUUUACAAACCGGGGAGGGAAUCUUCUAAAAGAAGAAAAGCAACGAGCCAAGCUCCAGAAGACACUCCCUAAGCUGGAAGAGGAGUUGAAGGCACGGAUUGAAAUGUGGGAAGAGGAACAUUCAAAGGCAUUUGUGGUGAAUGGGCAGAAAUUCAUGGAGUAUGUGACAGAACAAUGGGAGAUGCAUCGAUCGGAGAAAGAGAGAGCCAAGCAGGAAAGACAACUCAAGAACAAGAAGCAGACAGAGACAGAGAUGCUCUAUGGCAGUGCUCCCAGAACACCCAAUAAGCGGCGAGGACUGGCACCCACCACGCCGGGCAAAGUACGCAAGCUGAACACUACCACCAUCUCCAAUGCUACAGCCAACAGCAGCAUUCGGCCUGUCUUCGGUGGGACAAUCUACCGCUCCCCUGUGUCUCGACUUCCUCCUUCUGGCAGCAAGCCAGUUAUUACUUCCACUUGUUCAGGGAAAAAAACGCCCCGUGCUGGUAGGCAUGGAGCCAACAAGGAGAACCUGGAGCUCAAUGGCAGCUUCCUGAGUGGUGGGUACCCCGACUUGGCCCCCCUCCAGCGCAACUUCAGCAUUAAUUCUGUUGCCAGCACCUAUUCUGAGUUUGCGAAGGAUCCAUCCCUCUCUGACAGCUCCACUAUUGGGCUUCAGCAAGAACUUUCAAAGGCUUCCAAAUCUGAUGCUACUUCCCGAAUCCUCAAUUCAACCAACAUCCAGUCCUGAGAAACUCUGAUCAGUCAACCAGCUGUGGCUUCCCAUGCCUAGACUGGAACCUAAUUAUAUGGGGUGGCUUUAGUUUUUCUUCAGUUUAGGUGUGCUUGAAACCCUGGACAGGUUCUGCUACCAAGGGCCUAACUUAAAGACAAGAAUGAGUGUGACAGAUCAAAGUCCAUCACAGGUUUAGUGGGUCCUUGCAGACUGGGUUUUAUUUUGACUCAAGAAAUACAUUAAAACUUAUAGUAGUAAGUGCAAAUUUUAGCAUAUGGGGCGUAAUUUCUUUCUCUACCCCUUAAUCCAGCUUGUUGAAGCAUGAUCAAGGGUUUGUUUUAUUUCACCAUGGUGUGGGAAAACAAUUGACCAUGCCCAUCCUUAGGGUAUGGGACGUGAAGUAAUUUUGGCUUGUAUAUGUGUAAUUAGCAAUUAACAUCAUUUUUGUUUAGGGAUGUUCAAUUAAUGCUGUAGCUAUGAUAGAUUUGCUCUCAACUAAAGACCUGUCCCUACCACACAGGACAGCCCUCCUAAUGAGGAUGUCUUUGUGGGUUAGAAGUUGAGAUGGCCUGAUCUAUUGCCAAAGUGGUGACAGGAAGGCUGGGAGCUCCUUUGUUAAGUUGUGUACAGUUGUUAUAUAGUGCAAUGCUCUUUGUGGGAAUGUGUGUGUAUAAACACAUAUGCUUGUCUGAAGUCUAUUUCUUCAGUUUUUCCCUGGGUCCAGCCCCCCAAUGCCCACUAUGCCUGAGUUCUUCUACCCCCUGCAAUUGCCAGCCAAGUUGAAAGACUGUUGGAUGGGUUGGGCCAUCUCUGUCGUGGAGAUCUGGAACUUUGCACGUCACUACUGGGAAGUUGUUCCUGCUAUAACAUCCACGAUGAGGGUCCUUCUUUACCUAGCCUAUCGAUCACUACUGCUCUUCCCGAAGCACUACUAUUUAUUCUUACUCUGUUUGCCUGCACCAGUCCUCCUGUCAACACAUUAAAUGGUUCUCAAAAGCUUACCAGUGCAGGCUUGGUCUGUAAGUGUCAGCCAUGCUGUUUAGUCCUGCAUAUGCAUGUCCUGUUUUUAAAAUAUAAAUAUAUCCUUAAAAAUAAAUUAAAAUGUGUAUAUUUACAUUUUAAAAAGGUA